CUCGAGUCGUUCAACUUUGCCCGACAUGUGCUGAGCCACUGGAGCAACAAGGGUGGUGAUCCGCUGGCCAUGGUAUACAUCGAAUCGGGGUCUGACGGCCCAGGCCAAGCUCAAGAAUUCCACUACAGUCAUUUUGAGCAGAGGGCUCACCAGGUUGCACAUGCUUUGCAGGCGAGCGGAAUUAACAAAGGAGAUGUCAUUCUCCUGAUGUCCUGCAGAGCCCCAGAUUGGUAUGAGAUGCUCUGUGGAUGCAUGCUGGCAGGUGUGGUGGUUUGUCCAUGCUCGGCUGCCUUGAUGCCUGCGGAGGUAUCCCAGCGGGCGCAAAUGACCAAUGCAUCGGCCAUUGUGGCCAGUUCUGGGCGGAUUACAGAAGACGUGCUAGCAUGGGCGGAUGCACCUUCCCAGCCUUCAAGGAGCAGGAGGAUUAUCCAGCUUGGAAAUGGGGACGUAGUGUUUCCCCAUCCCAAGGUGAUGACAUAUAGUCGACUUUUGACAAGCGUGCAUGCAGGAGCGGCGCCAAAUCUGCCGACAACUGUUGCAACUGACCCAUGCUUGUUGUACUUCACUUCGGGGACGACUGGUGAACCGAAGAUGGUGAGGCAUACGCAUUUGUCAUAUCCGUAUGCCCACAUACGUACCGGAAAGGACUGGUUGGACCUUUGCCCGGGAAAGCUGCUUUUUAAUACAUCUGACCAAGGAUGGGCUAAAGCCCUGUGGGCCUUCUUUGGCGCGUGGGGUCAGGGAGCAGCCUUGUUCCUGGAUGGCGAUGAGGGGCCCUUUGAGCCCGAGCGCGCCAUCGACCUGCUGCACCACUUCCCCAUCACCACCUUCUGCACGGCGCCCGCCGUUUAUCGGCUCAUGGUCCGCGGUGAAUUGGCGCAGAAGUUUGUCGACCAACCACCGCGGGCCCUGGAGCACUGCACCAGCGCCGGCGAGAACCUCGAGGCUCAGGUAAUCCUGAAGUGGGCCGAGAACACCGAUGGGAUCGUCAUCCGCGACGGUUUCGGGCAAACCGAGACCUCGAUCUUGUGCGGUAAUUCGCCUGCCAUCACCCCAAAACUCGGAUCGAUGGGCAAGCCACUCCCAGGGGUGCCUCUCGCCAUUUUGAAUGCCAACCGCCGGCUUGCUCAUCCAUUUGAGGAAGGGGAUAUUGCCGUGCGCGUCUUCUCCACUUCCGCUCCCAUCCACCAACAAGCAUGUAGGCCGCAGACCAGCUUUUUGGGCCUAUUCGAUGGCUAUAUUCAGUCCGAUGGAUCCACUCGUCGACCAUUAGUUACUGAUGAUGAAGGCACUUCCUGGUACGUGACGGGCGAUCGGGCGUAUCACGAUGACGAAGGAUAUCUGUGGUAUGUGGGACGUGGCGACGAUGUCAUCAAUUCAGCGGGACACCGCAUUGGUCCAGUAGAAGUCGAGGUGGUUCUUAAAAGCCAUCCUGGGGUGUUGGAGGCUGUCGUUGUGGGCACGGUCGAUCCCACGCGAGGUGGCACCUGCAUGAAGGCCUUUGUGGUGCUGCGCGAUGCGCAUCCGAUACCCACGACUACUACCCACUCACGACUAACACAGGAGCUGCGUGAGCAUUGCCUGCAACGGAAAGCAGCGCACUGCUGCCCUCAGUUGUUUGAGUUUGUGAGCGCAGAGUCGCUCCCACGCACCAUCAGUGGGAAAGUUAUGCGGAAAAGACUAAGAGAAAGUGGCGAGACAUCAAUCUGAGUAGUUAUUGAGACCUGGGCUUCGGAUGACUCUGGAUAAAUCAGGUAGAAUAUGGAUCGGGGUGCUUGAUCGAUAACGGAGACCACAGAGACACAAUCGUGAAAUUGACCAAGCUCUUUCUUGCUAGUAAGCAUCGGCGUGUAGGGGCCAAUUACAGGAACUAGGACACUCAUCGCAUAGAGCAACCUUUUGUAUGAAUGGAGACAAAAGACCCUUGGUGACAUUGUUAUUCUGUUGGGGAUACUUGUUUGUUUGAACAGUUGUCUGAUUGAAGCGCAAAGUGUAGGCGCGUCCGUCCUCGUGAAAUAGGCAUGAUAUAUAAACUUAAGUUGAAGAGGGGCCGCUCGGGCAUGUUCGUCUCGAAUGGCCAGUCGUGCUUGACAGAACCUUCCUAUGAAUGGAUGCUGCAAGAAGAUGGAAUCAUGAUAUGAUUUAAG